AUGAAUAAUCAUGAGGAGCAUAACAGCAACAAUGUGGCCAUGAAUAAUGAUGAGGAACAUACCAACUACAUUGAGGAAGACAAUGAAAGUGAGCCCAUGAAUAAUCAUGAGGAGCGCCGUAACAACAUUCAUCAAGUGCGGCGUAUGAGGAGGGCAAGAAUAAAUAAUAAUUCUGCUAGAGAUUUUCAUGAGGAAAUGGGUGUCCAUGAUUGUAACGUUGGUCGUAGAACAAUUCUGCCAUCAUCGUUUAUUGAUAGCCCCCGUGACACAUACCAACGAUAUCAAGAUGCAAUGGCUUUGGUUCAAAAAUAUGGUAGGCCAGAUCUUUUUAUCACCAUGACUUGUAACCCCAAUUGGGAAGAAGUUAGAAGUGAACUACUCCCUGGACAAACGCCACAAGACCGUCCGGAUUUAGUCACCAGGGUAUUUCAUGCCAAAUUUGAGCAAUUAAAAGAAGACAUCAUCAACAAGGGAGUGCUGGGAAAAGUGGCUGCACAUGCUUUCGUUGUUGAAUUUCAAAAACGAGGCCUACCACAUGUUCAUAUGCUUAUUAUGUUAGAAGAAAAUGACAAGCUUAAUAACCCUGAUGAAUACGAUCGCAUUGUUAGAGCUGAAAUACCAUAUGAGGACGAGGAGCCUCAACUUUAUGAUGCAGUGUGUACACAUAUGAUUCAUGGUCCAUGUGGAACUCUUAACCCAAGGCAGUCAUGUAUGAAAAAUGGGAGUUGCAAUAAAGGCUACCCAAAACCAUUUGCAAAUUUCACUGUGCAAGGAAAUGAUGCAUAUUCUGUAUAUCGGAGAUGGGCAAGUCGUUUACCGAUACCUUUGCGUAGACGAGGAGAUGUGAUGGUGGAUAACAGUUGGGUAGUUCCCUACAACCCAUGGUUGCUAUUACGAUAUAAUUGUCACAUCAAUGUUGAAAUAUGUGGGAGCAUAAAAAGUGUCAAGUACUUAUAUAAGUAUAUCUACAAAGGUCCUGACAGAGUGGCACUUGAGCUGCAAUCAAACCCAGAGUUUGAUGAAAUCAGACAAUUUGUUUAUGUAAGGUGGGUCUGUGCACCAGAGGCUUUAUGGAGGAUCUUCAAAUUUGCAAUGAACAUAAUAUAUCCAACAGUAAAGCGAUUACAAAUACAUCUUCCCAACAUGCAACAGAUAAUAUUCGAUGUUGAUGAAACAGUAGAGAAUAUUCUGGCAGAUGAGCAUGCACAAAUGUCAAUGCUUACUGAGUUUUUCACCAUAAAUCGAAUGGAUGAGGAUGCCAGAGCAUGUUUGUGUCGAGAAAUUCCUGAACAUUACAGGUGGGAUAGUAGCAACAAAAUUUGGGUGAAAAGAAGGAGAAACUACAAGGUUAUUGGGCGAAUAUACAAAGUCUCACCAUCUGAAGGUGAGAAAUUUUACCUGCGUGUCCUUAAUCAUGUAAGAGGUCUAAGAUCAUUUCUUGAUUUGCUUACUGUUAAUGGUGUUCUACAACCAACAUUCAAGCAAGCAGCAAGGAAACAAGGUUUGCUAGAAAAUGACAAUAGUAUCUGA